CCGUUGGUCACGUGAUCCGUGCUUACUUGUCUGCUUCUCCGAUCUGUCUAAAAUAUGAAAAAUAUGAUUGAAAUGUGCACUUUUUAUGGACCACCGGGUGUAGUUCAUCUUCAUCUCCGGAAAUAUCUGUUUGGAAGCCAUUCAUUCGGCUGUAACGGCAAAACUUCGCUUCUGAAAAUCUCUCCUCUCGGGGGUGGGUGUCACGUGACCAACACGCGGGUCUGGUCGUUGGGUAAAGAUGGCGGCGGGUGUGUAGAAAGCAGCGGAGCGAAGCAGCAGCGAGCCCGAGUCCACCGCAGUGCUUGGAAGCGUCGAAAGCCUACAAAUGAUGGAUCCCGGACAGGAUUUGCUGCUGGCCGCGCUGAGCGAGAGUGGGAUCAGUGCGAACGACCUUUUCGACACGGAGCCUCCGGACGCAGCUCCGCCGCCAGCGAGACAGUCCUUUCCCUUAAGCACAUUGGACAUCAGCUCGACAAUUGAUGCAGCCGUCACUGUGAGGCAAGAGCCUGUUGUUCCACCUACUCCUACAGUCACAAUCAGGCACAAGCCCCAGCCCUCCACCACCACGUUUGUGCUGAACCAGCUCAACCAGCUCCCUUCCCUGGGGACGAUCGUGGUGACCAAGCCCUCCGUGGGCGGCACCACCUCCAGACAGACCAUCACGGUGGCCAAGGUGGUGCACUCGUCCUCGGCCCGCGGGCCCACCACGGCCACGGUGCGGGCGCUGGCCCCUCCCGGCCGGGGGGAGAUCCAGCUCAAGGACCUCCUGAAGACCAGCAGCAUCAAGACCAGCAGCCUCGGCGAGCUCAUGAAGCUGAAACCGCCGCCCAACAUCGCCCAGCCCGUCGCCACGGCCACCAAAAUAAUUCUGGUGUCGACAAAGAUGGUGAAUAAAUCAGCGGAGCUGAAUAACGGCGUGAAGAAGGACGUGACCAGCAAAGACGUGGCCCGGAUCUGGGUGAACGACGACGUCAGAGUGCGCAGCUUCUCGCCCACACACAAAAUAACUGGAAUUAAAGAGGAGGAAGAGCCCGAGGAAGAGGACGAGGAAGAGUUGGGUCACGCAGAAACGUAUGCGGAGUACAUGCCUAUGAAAUUGAAAAUUGGGCUGCGGCACCCUGACCCCGUGGUGGAGACGAGUUCACUCUCCAGCGUCAACCCCCCCAACGUCUGGUACCGGCUGUCCAUCCCCGAGGAGACCAUCGACCGGGGCUGGCUGUCCGCCCUGCAGCUAGAGGCCAUUACCUAUGCUGCUCAGCAACACGAGACAUUCCUACCCAACGGGGACAGGGCGUCCUACUUGAUCGGCGACGGAGCCGGCGUGGGGAAGGGCAGGACCAUCGCCGGGAUCAUUUACGAAAACUAUCUUCUCGGCCGGAAGCGGUCCCUCUGGUUCAGUGUGUCGAAUGACUUGAAAUACGAUGCGGAGAGGGAUCUGAGAGACAUUGGGGCGAAAAACAUUCAGGUCCAUUCCUUGAAUAAGUUUAAAUACGGCAAAAUCUCUUCUAAACACAACGGAAGCGUGAAGAAGGGAGUGAUUUUCGCCACGUACUCUUCCCUGAUUGGAGAAAGCCAGUCCGGAGGGAAGUACAAGACGAGGUUCAAACAGUUGCUACACUGGUGCGGGGAAGAUUUCGACGGCGUGAUUGUGUUUGACGAGUGUCACAAAGCGAAGAACGUCUGUCCCAUCGGGUCCUCCAAGCCCACCAAGACCGGCCUGGCCGUGCUGGAGCUCCAGAACAAGCUGCCCAAAGCCAGGGUGGUCUACGCCAGCGCCACAGGUGCCUCUGAGCCGAGGAACAUGGCCUACAUGAACCGUCUGGGGAUCUGGGGCGAGGGAACCCCCUUUAAGGAGUUCAGCAACUUCAUCCAGGCGGUGGAGCGCAGAGGUGUGGGUGCUAUGGAAAUCGUUGCCAUGGAUAUGAAGCUGAGAGGCAUGUACAUCGCUCGGCAGCUGAGUUUCACCGGGGUGACGUUCAAGAUCGACGAGGUCCCUCUGACACAGGGGUACAUCAAGAUGUACAACAAAGCGGUCCGUCUGUGGGUGUGCGCGCGGGAGAAGUUCCAGCAGGCCGCUAACCUCAUGGAGGCAGAGCAGCGCAUGAAGAAGUCCAUGUGGGGCCAGUUCUGGUCGGCCCACCAGAGGUUCUUCAAGUACCUGUGCAUCGCCUCCAAGGUGCGCAGGGUAGUGGAGCUCGCUCGAGAAGAGGUCAAGAACGGAAAGUGUGUGGUGAUUGGCCUCCAGUCCACCGGAGAGGCCCGGACACUGGAAGCCCUAGAGGAGGGUGGAGGAGAGCUGAACGACUUUGUGUCCACGGCGAAGGGUGUGUUGCAGUCGCUGGUGGAGAAGCACUUCCCGGCUCCUGACAGACAGAAGCUCUUCAGCUUGCUCGGCAUCGACCUGUCAGCCAAGAAAACGCCCUCUCCCAACGACAGUGCCUCCACAGACCAGAAGGGCAAGAAGAGGAAAGGUCAGGAGGUGAAGAAGGAGGUGAAGAAGCGGCGGAGGCACGGCGGCACGUCGGGGAGCAGCUCUGAGGACAGCGGCAGCGAGUCGGAGGCCGAGAGCGAGGACAGCUUCAAGUCGGUGAGCUCCGGGGAGGAGGACGACUUCAACCCCUUCAGGGAGGAGUCCAGCAUGGACGAGGAGGACGAUCCGUGGCUGUUCAGGAAAGAGCACAAGAAAGGCAAGGAGAAGAAGGGCAAGAAGAAGAAAAGCAUCGAUCCAGACUCCAUUCAGAGUGCCUUACUGGCCUCAGGACUGGGCUCCACGAGACCCGCCUUCUCAGCCCCUACGGUCAAAACCCCAUCCAGCGCUGCCCCCGCUAUAGUUAAGAAGGAGAGCGAGGACAGCGGCUGUGUGACCAGCCAGGACGCGGUGGAGGACGCUCAGCAGAUGAAGCGCCACCUGCUGGAGCAGCUGGAGAAGCUGGCCGAGGAUCUGCCGCCCAACACGCUGGACGAGCUCAUCGACGAGCUGGGAGGACCCGAGAGCGUGGCCGAGAUGACCGGACGCAAGGGCCGGGUGGUGAGCAACGAGGACGGCAGCAUUUCCUACGAGUCCCGCUCCGAGCUGGACGUCCCCGUGGAGAUCCUCAACCUCACGGAGAAGCAGCGCUUCAUGGAGGGGGAGAAGAACAUCGCCAUCAUUUCGGAAGCCGCCAGCUCGGGGAUCUCGCUGCAGGCCGACCGCAGGGUGAAGAACCAGCGCAGGCGGGUGCACAUGACGCUGGAGCUGCCCUGGAGCGCCGACAGAGCCAUCCAGCAGUUCGGAAGAACACACCGGUCCAAUCAGGUCACAGCUCCUGAGUACGUGUUCCUCAUCUCGGAGCUUGCUGGGGAGCAGCGGUUCGCCUCCAUCGUGGCCAAGCGUCUGGAAAGCCUGGGUGCCCUCACACACGGGGACAGAAGAGCCACGGAGACCAGGGACCUGAGCAGGUUCAACUUCGACAACAAGUACGGACGGAACGCCCUGGAGAUUGUCAUGAAAUCCAUCGUCAGCCUGGACUCUCCCCUAGUCUCUCCUCCUUCCAACUUUGAAGGGGAUUUCUUCAAAGAGAUUCGGCAUGGGUUGAUUGGUGUGGGUCUAAUAAAUGUGGAAGACCGGUCGGGCAUCCUUACUCUGGACAAAGAUUACAACAACAUGGGCAAAUUCCUGAACCGGAUCCUGGGCAUGGAGGUGCAGCAGCAGAACGCCCUGUUCCAGUACUUCUCCGACACGCUCACCGCCGUCAUACAGAACGCCAAGAAGAACGGCAGAUACGACAUGGGCAUCUUGGACCUGGGCUCUGGUGAUGAGAAGGUGAAGAAGAUGGAGGUGAAGAAGUUUCUGACCCCCGGUUACUCCACGUCUGGACACGUGGAGCUGUACACGGUGAGUGUGGAGAGGGGGAUGUCGUGGGAAGACGCCACUUACAUUUGGGCCGAGCAGAGCGGACCAGACGACGGGUUCUACAUUCAGGUGAGGAACAAUAAGAAGACAGCCAUCCUGGUGAAGGAGAUCAACUCCAAAAAGAGGCUCUUCCUGGUUUACAGACCCAACACAGGGAAGCAGCUCAAACUGGAGACCUAUGCAGACAUCCGCAAGAAGUGCAAAAAGGUGCUUUCGGAGGAUGCCAAACAGUGCUGGAUAGAGCAGUACCUGUCCUCCGCUGAUAUCUGCUCUCACGCCUACUGGAGGGGGAACUGUAAGAAGGCGUCUCUGGGGCUGCAGUGUGAGAUCGGGCUACGCUGCAGGACCUACUUCGUGCUGUGCGGCUCCGUGCUCAGCGUCUGGACCAAGGUGGAGGGCGUGCUGGCCUCCGUCAGCGGCACCAACGUCAAGAUGCAGAUCGUCCGGCUCCGGACGGAGGACGGGCAGAGGAUCGUGGGUCUGAUAAUUCCAGCCAACUGCGUGGCCCCGCUGACCAACAUCCUGUCGUCCUCAGACCAGUGCCAGCAGCUGGCUGUGCAGCAGCAGCAGAUGUGGCAACAGCUACACCCACAGAGCCUCACCCACUUCGCCAACGCGUAGUGCCCUGUGCCCAAAACCUGUGCCCUGACCCUGUACCACACCCCUGUCCCUGUGUCCCUACCCUGCACCCCAAACCUUAAACCUGUGCCCUAACCCUGUACCCCACCCCUGUCCCUGUAUCCCUACCCUACACCCCUAACCUUAACCCUGUGCCCAAACCCUGUACCCCACACUCCUGUCCCUGUAUCCCUAUCCUGCGCCCAAAACCUGUGUCCUAACCCUGUACCUUGUACCUCUGCCCUCACCCAAAACGGGACCCACCUCUGCCCUGACAGGCCCCCCCCAUGCCCGUUCUGGGCUCUUGUCCAAAGAGGCUCUCAGGAGAAGUUUCCUGGAAGGCUUGAGGCCACACAACAGGCCGCACUCUGGCCCUGUGCUCCCCGCUCCUCUCUCUCCCCCCUCCUUUUUUUUACUCCCGCCCCCUGUGAUUGGCUUUUCUUUGGGCCCGUGUUUGCGGCUGUGUCUUUAUCUCUCCUUCAGUUAAAAGUGCUCGAACUUUGGAUUAUUCACAUGACACGUUACAUCGCUCAGGGGUUCCGCUCGACAAAGCAAUCGCACUUUCUCAGACUGACCCACGUGCUCGGAGCACAGCCUUGACAAGCGUCCUCCCCCCCCCCCCCCCCCCCCCGCCCCUCCGGCAGCUAGCGCCCCGGCACCAAGCAUGACUGCUGGUUCACCAUUACCCCCCCCCUCCAAACCAUUACCCCCCCCUCCCCCCUCCACACAGCCCGGGGGCGCCUGGGAGUGAUGUCAGUCCUGCACUGGGAGCCCCCCCCCCCACCGCAGUGUACCAGGCUGUGACUGCAUGGUUUGAAAACCUCUCUCUCCCCCCUCCUCCCUCUCUCGUUCCCUCUCUCCCUCUCUCCUCCCGCUGCGCUGCUCAGCCGUUCUGAAAGGUUGGACCUCGGACCGUUCGGCUCACAGGAAGGAGCCCAGCGGCGCGUUUCGGGCUCCACAUUCGCCCGUGAGCUGGGGUGCCAGUUUGCGGCGGGCCGGCUAACACGAGGCACAGCCCCGCUGGUCCUGCGGGCGUCUGUACUCUCUCACCUGUGCUUUAUUUCGGCUGCCCCUCCACGUUGCGGGGCAGGGACACUUCCAGCCAGUGCUCCGCUUUCUAUAACGUUUUUUUGUUUUUCUUUUGAUUCGAUUUCUCUGUAAAUGUUGCAACAGGAUGGACUUACACCGCUGGGAUUAUAUUUUGCUGUACAAAAUGUGUAUAGUCGCAUAUCUUAAGUAUUGGGGGAAAAAGUUUUUGCUUAAAAGUGAAAUUGAUGUUUAUAACAUUGAAGGACAGUUUCAUUUCAUGCUUGCACGAGUUGCACUACUGAUUGAUUUGUUGUACAAAGAAUCUGUUAAGGCAGGAUUUCCGCAUUUUGCCUAUGACCAAUAAAUCUGAAAAACAAAAUUUGUAA